AUGGCUGAUCUAAUUAAAAUAAAUAAAGAGUGGUCAAUUGACGAAAUUAAAAUACUACCAACAGCACAACUUUAUUAUAAAAAAUGAUUGCUGAAACAAAAUAAUAUUGAUGCCAAUUGGGAGCUGAUAAAGUGGAAGGUACGACAUUUAAAGUCUACAUAUAAAAAGGCGAACGACUGGAAAAUGUCAACAGGUGCUGGUGUUCAAGAGAUUGAUGAAGACAUUUCAAAAGUGGAAGGUAAAGUAUUGCAAAUGUGUCCGCACUACAAGCAAUUAAGUGAAAUUUUCGGUGCAAAAGUUCAUUCGCAAUGUGCUUUUGAAGUGCAUGACAUGGGAUAUACAAAGAACCAAUUGAAUAACCUGGAUAUUGACGAACCAGUGGCAUACGAAGUUGUAGAUAUUUCUUUAGUAGAGAAUUCAGAACUCUGUGAAGCUAGUGCUGAUGUAGCUUCUGAAACGAAUCCUACGCUAUUAAGUUCACAAAGUGUCACAACCACGCCAGUUUCUAAAAAAGGGCAGGAAUUUGCCGAAUUAUUAAAAAAAAUAGCGCCAAAAUCGUCAGCUGGUCACGAAAACGCGAGCUAAAAAUUAAAGAACUCUAAAUAGAAAAAGAAGAAAAAUUGAGAAUUCUUGAAAUGGAAAAGGAAGAGCGUCUAAAGAGGUAUGAAUUGGAGUUGAAAUACCAAAAAUGAAAAAAAAACUA